AUGGAUCAUUCUUCAGAAGGCUCACUCAUGAAAAAGAAAACCAUUGAAGAGGCCAUAGAUGUCAUUGAAACUGUAGCUGAAAAUGAGUAUUUCUAUACCUCAGAAAGGACUCCAAAGAAAACACCAAAUGACCCACACUCUAAGACAUACAACCCAGGUUGGAAGAACCACCCAAACUUUGGGUGGGGAAAUCAGCAAAACCAAAACCAGGACCACAACAAGCUUUAUCCAUCAAAUCAACAUCCCAACCACAACCCCAACCAUCAAACAGGGAACCAUAGACCCUACCAUAACUCACAAAAUACAUCAUACCAUAACAACCAACCCAUACACAACAACCUCAAUCAAGAUACACCACCAUCAACUAUGCAACCAUGCGAAAUCAAGAGCAACUUUGAGAGGAUGGAGGCUGCAAUAGCACAACUAUCAUCCCAGAUUUCAGGGGCAGUCUCCUCUCUCAUGGACAGACAAGCACAAACUGAUAGAAGGAUAGAUGCUAAUCAAGAGGAAUACAGGUCAAAUCUGAAAAAUCAAGGUGCAGCAAUCUUAAAGUUGGAAGCACAAGUGGGCAUCCUGUCCAAGCAAAUCCCACUUUCCACACACACAUUUCCCAGCGAUACCAUGGCUAAUCCAAGAGGGGAAUGCAAAUCCAUAACUCUAAGACGUGGGAAGAUUGUAGAGGAAGAAACCUCAAGCAAAGAUAAUCAUGAAGAUGUUGCAUCAAAACAUGGGAACGAGGAUGAAAGGGAGACCCCGGCUUCACCUCCACCCAAACCAGUCUUGAAGGCUUAUGUGCCAAAGGCACCAUACCCACAAAGACUGAGAAAAGAUGGGAAGGUUGGCCAGUUCUCUAAGUUCCUAGAGAUCUUCAAGAUGCUCCAAAUCAACAUACCAUUUGCUGAGGUAUUAGAACAUAUGCCACUCUAUGCCAAGUUUUUAAAGAAGCUUAUAACCAAAAAAAGGAACUGGGAGGCAAAAGAAACCAUAGUAUUGACUGAGGAAUGUAGCGCUAUCAUACAGAAGAAGUUGCCUCAAAAGCUGAAAGACCGGGGGAGUUUUCAAAUCCCCUGCAUCAUAGGGGACAUUACUAUUGAGAAAGCUUUGUGUGAUUUGGGAGCUAGCAUAAACCUUAUAUCCCUAACCAUGAUGAGAAGGAUGAAGAUUGAGGAAGCCAAGCCAACAAGAAUGGCACUCCAAUUAGCUGACUGA